AUGUGGACGCGGAAGUUCUACCUCAGAGGGCUAUUCGAUAAUUGGCUGUCCGAUGUCAAGGCCACUAUCCUCGAGUUCAUUGGCACGACAUUCUUUCUGCUCCUCGCGUUCGGCGGGAUCCAAGCAGCGACAGCAGAAUUGAACCUGAGCGGCUCCGCGCCCUCUGUCAUCCUGCACGACCUGUAUAUCGCACUGUCUAUGGGGUUCAGCCUUCUCAUCUCUGUCUGGAUCUUCUACCGGGCUAGCGGUGGCGUGUUCAACCCAAACAUCACCCUGGCACUCUUCCUGGCCGGCGCCAUCAGGCCCUUGCGCUUCGUUCUGUACUGCAUCGCUCAGCUCGUCGGGGGUAUCGCCGCUGCGGCUAUUGUUUGUGCGCUUACACCUGGUCCUCUGUUGUCGAACCCUGUACUAGCCGACGGCGUCACCCUCGCGCAGGGCGUGUUCAUAGAGAUGUUCAUCACUGCGGCACUUGUCUUAUCCGUCCUCAUGCUAGCAGUAGAGAAACAUGCAGCUACGCCUUUCGCUCCGGUCGGUAUAGGUCUGACGUCCUUCGUUUGCCAUCUCUGGGGCGUGUACUAUACCUGCGUAAGUAUGAAUGUGGCGCGCGCUUUUGGUCCCGCCGUCAUCACCGGUUUUCCAUACAGCACUCAGUGGGUGUACUGGGUCGGCGACGGCCUCGGGUCACUCCUCGCAACAGCGCUUUACAUGCUAUUCAGACAACACAAGUACUGGCUCCUCAACCCUGGACAAGACAUGGUGUGCAUGAUCCCAGCACAGUAUGCGUCGCAGGACAGUGGGAAGACGGCGGGGUACUCUGCCAUCAUCUACCCCAAAAACCGAUGUCCCUCCAGCCACUCCAAGGAGGAUCACCGUUCCACGGCGACUGUUGGCUCGAGGGCCGCUCUGGAAACCGGAAUGCGAGGUCGCCGCUGUGUCUCUGACCUUGUAUGA